AAAGCUUUUUGCUGUCAAAAAGAUUACACAUACACCUCGAAAAAGUAAAUUUUUUAAUUUACUUUUCAGAGAGUGUGAUAAAAAAUUCGAAACGAAGCAAGCAGCGUUUUUUACGAUGUUGCAAAAACACUUACUUUCUUGUUUAUCGCGUCUUUUUAGUAAACACAGAAACUGCUAAUGAAAUAGAAAUUUUGUCAGACACUUCAGAUGGAGAAGAAGUCAGCCAGGAACCCAAAGUGACAUAUGGGGAAGCAUUUCAAAGCGUAAACAACUUGAUCCACUGGUUUAAAAAUGAAAACGAUGCAAAUCAGGUGUCAGACUUUUUGAAUUGUCGUACAAAAAUGGUCAGAAAAUAUAAUGCAAAAGAAAAAAAACAAAAGAAUAUUCAAGAUUUUUUCUCUUCAUAGUAAAUACAUAUGUAUGUAUGAAAAUGUAAAUAUGUUUUUCAUGUAAAUCCAUAUGUUUUAUUGAAGCAAAUAAAUGAAUGAAUUUUUUAAGUUUAAAAAUGCAUUUAAUAUUAUAAAAACAGAUAAUUUAUGUAUAUAUUUGGAAAAGUAAAUUAUUCGAAAAAGUAAAUUACCCAAAAUACCAAUCGAUUUACUUUUCGAGAGUAUACUGUAUACAAUAAUUUUAUAUAUUCCUAGGCAUACAAAAACGGAGAGAACAACUCAGGAGCAGCUGCAACAUUACAUAAUGUUUUGCAAGCAGCAUCCUGAGUUGCAACGCGGGAAGCUAACUCCGACCAACCCUCAAGGGCUGCAAAUACUUUGGUCGGAGUUAGCAGACAAUUUAAAUGCCUUAAGAGGCCCAACUCGGUCGGCAGCCAAGUGGAAGGAGUCAUUAAUGCAUUGGAAACACCAGUUGCGAUCGCGAGCGCGCAAACUGAAAACACAUGCGCAAGCGACUGGUGGAGGCCCUCCGAUAAGUGGAAUGACUCCAUUCGAGGAGCAAGCCAUAACAACAUUUGGGGCAGCAGCGGUAGAUGGAUUGCUGGGUGUUGCGACUUUGGGUCAUCAGGUUUUGCCGUUGUAUAUAAAUACACUUGAAGCUCCAGCUUCCUCGCCAACACCAACAGUCGCAUCGCCUGCUCCAGCACCCUCACUAGCAGUCGCAUCGCCUGCUUUAGCGCCAACACCAACAGUCGCAUAGCCUGUUCCAGCAUCUUCACUAGCAGUCACAUCGCCUGCUCCAGCUUUUCCUGCUUUAUCAAUAAAUUUUUCUUCCUCGCCAUCACCUCAUUUUUCUUCUUCACCAUCACCUCCAUCUUCUUUCUUAUUUCCUCCCAUAUUAUCUUCUUCUAUGCCAUCGCCUUCUUAUAUCCCUCCCGAAAAAUUGACUGCAGCGAAGAUGCUUGGAACAGUGCUAAAGAAAAUGGAGGACAGAGAAAAGCGAGAGGAGGAGGCCAUUGCUCUACAAAGGCAAAUUGUAGAGCAAAAUGCGCAGAUGACAGGGGUGCUGACUCAAAUGACACAGGCACUAACCUCCCUGUCAGAGGUUAUGGCUAAGUUGUCCCAAAAAUUGGAUAAAUAAUAAUAAAAAUG